AUGAGUUCUGUGCAAGUUUUGGACAAAUCCGGAAAAGUUCUCUACACUUUCGAGUCUGUUGGCGGUUCAGUUUCUGUUGGUCGCGACAAAAAGAAAUGUGCAAUAGCUUUGCCAGUUGAUGCUCAAGGUGUUUCUAGAAUCCAUGGAUCGCUUACAUGGGAUGGCCAGGAAAAGCUCACAUAUUCUGAUGCUAGCACAUAUGGGACUAUGGUGGAUGGGAAGAUGGUCAAGGCAGCUAGUAAAGAUAUAGCAGAUGGAUCGCAUGUCUUAGUGGGAGAUGUGGAGCUGGUAAUCUCUUUUCCACGGCGGCCCGCAAGUGCAGCAUCUUAUUCUGAAGAUGAAUCUCAGGCUACAGUUAUGAGUUUACGAGGAAAGCGAAAGAGUGCAACUCCUGAACCAGUGCUCAACAGUAGCAAGCGCUCCAAGUUGAACAUUACGAGCUUGUCGCAGUCACGGCAGUCACAAAAAAAGUUGCCAAUAGUGGAGGAAGUAGAUGAUGAUGUGAUUCUUGCCGAAGAUACCCCACCAAGUCGGAUUGUGGACCAGAAAGCUGCGUUGUCAGACAAAAGCACGUCGUUUGUCUCUGACUCCUUGUCUAUCCAUAGUAAUGGCGUACCCACACAGUCUGUAACUACAAAUAAUGCAUCCAGCACUCAGUCUUCCUCGUCAAUUUUUAAAACAGCACCUCGGAAGAAGAAGCAAAGCAUAUUCGCACCUAAUCGAAAACCCUAUGAGAAGGUCAUAUCUACGAGGGUUUUGGCUGAGGAUACUUUUAUGAAUCCUUCAAGGCAGACCACGACCGUGAAAGAACAAUCCAACAAUGUCGAUGUUACAUGCAUCCCCGAUACUUGCGCAGAGAAUGCUCCACAGAAUACAUCGAGGAAGAGGGAGUUGAGCUUGAACUCAUUUUCGACUCUGCAGGGUCCAUCACCACAACGUUCGGAUACUUUUCAGAAAUCUCUUCAGCCAGAGAAUGGGAAGGAAAGCGAAAAAGGCCCACUUCGGAAUCUGAACGGCUCUUUGCCUAUCAAAAAAGCUAGAAUAUCUGACACCAUACGCGAAAAAACGAAACCACCACUCAACGAGGCUAGUGCAGGUGAACCAGCCGAAGCCGAGAAACUUCCCGAUAUGUAUGACAUCUUGAAGCUGGUAUCAACUGGAAAACAUUACGAUCAUCUGGAAGGCGAUACAGAAACCGUCGACGAAAAAGGCCUUGAGAUCGAGCGUGUAGUGGCUAAGCUGGACGAUCUGGUUUGUUAUGCCGAUAUUGAGCGUCCGCCCACUCGAAAUACCACAUGUACUCCUGGAUCAUCUACUUCAAGUCACUCAUCUGUAAAUUUCAAGCGCUUUAGAAAGGCCAGUCAAGGAAGGUUCAAUGCCUCUCUGUCGUCUGCCAAUCUCACUUGCAGGAUAGCUGGGAAUGAAGAUCUCGUGGAUUUCCGACAACUUGCGAGAUGAACUUGAAUUUGAAAAAAAGGAGUUUUAACUUGGAAUUGCUGUGUUUUGAUGUCUGUGUUCUCAUUCUCCUGUGAAUCAACAUGCAUGCUUAGUUUUACCGUAAUUCUGUCAUUGUAAACAGUAUAUUGAGAGGAAUGUAAACAUU